AUGGAGACAAAGAAGCCAAGCGACUUUGAUGACGAAGAUCAGGGAUCCAAAAGGCGCAUCCUCCCACCUCGUCAUGCGCGACAGGUGUCCAGUGCGAAAACGCAUGGCAUUCUCACUAGCCAAAAGACGCACAGCAUUCUGAUGGACAACAAGAAGAGGAGAGCGGAUGGAAGCACGGACAAGUCUCUCUCAUCUGACAAGCAGAAGAAGAGGAGGGUGCAAAGCAAGAAUAGCCGAAAGAGACAGAAAGUGGCUCCAUUGUCACAGGAGCUGAGUCAGCCCAGCCAGACCAGUAAACGAAGAAAGGUGCCUGUGUCCGGGGUUAUAGCUGAUGGCACCACUGAUGCCAAGCUCGUGGAAGUGAUAGAGGCUACAGCCAAGUUGGAGCUUGUUGAGGGCGACAUCUUUGUCUUGGGAUCCAAUGAGAUGGGCCAACUUGGGCUGGGCGAUGACAUCCCUGAGGUAGCUAGGCCACGAAUACUGUCCCUGCCAGGCGAGGUGAAGGUCAGGAUGGUUGCAUGCGGAAGCAUGCACACCGUGGCACUGGCUGCAGACAACACUCUCUUCUCCUGGGGCAUCAACGAUGAUGGGGCACUGGGCCGUCCCACUGAAGAUUCCAACAUAUGGUCUGCUGAUGAAAAGGAAGGCUGCAUAGCAGAAAACCUGCCAGGGCAGAUGGUCAUGACCGACGCCAACAUGCGCAUAAAGAGUGUGAACGCUGGCGGGAGCCACACCUUGGUGCUGGCCAAUGGGGGGAGGGUGCUGGGUUGCGGUUCCUUCCGCAACAACGCUGGGCCAUUUGGGUUCUCUCCGGGGGUCCUGAACCAGCGCACCCUCACAACCGUGGUGGAGGCAUCUGUACAGAAGAUCUCGUCGGGAGAGAGCCACUGCCUUGCUCUGACUGGCAGUGGCAAGGUCCUGACAUGGGGGGUUGGUGAUUUGGGAUGUUUGGCGAGGGGUGGUGAGCAGCUGGUCCCUGCACCUGCUCAGAUGGCAAGAGGGCCCCUCUCGCAUGUGCAGAACGUCUUCGCUUGCCAAGAGGCCAGUUUCGCGGUGCUGCCGGGCGGAAAGGUGUAUGGAUGGGGCUUGAACAACCAGGGCCAACUGGGGCUCCCUCCAUGCGAUUCUGUGGAACGAGCCACAGAGAUCAAAGCGCUGUCCAGUCUGGGAGGUAUCAAGGAUGCAGCUGGCGGGCAACACCACACACUAGUCCUCAGCUGUGAAGGGAAGGUUUACAGUUUUGGCACUCCCACAAAUGGAGUGCUGGGCCGACUUGGCGAAGAUGGCAAGGAUUUAAACAUCAGUGGCAUCGAUCCUGCGCCGCUGCCAGUGCCGACGCCUGUGCACGAGGGAGAUGGGGAAGCUGGCGGCUUGCCACCUGGAUUCCGAGUUUCAGCAGUUUUGGCUUGCCAAACAGUUUCUCAAUGCAUUGUGGAAGGCCAGGGGGUGUAUGUGUGGGGAGCCUCGAUGUCUCAGCAGUUGGGGCUGGGACUGGAGACAGAAGAGAUCGCUCUGCCAACAAAGAUGCCAGAAACAAAGAAGAGGCAAGGGCGUCCCACACUGGGGGGCGCGAUAGGAGCACUUCAUGCAGCAUUUGUCUUCGGCUCUCGAGAGUGA